ACCAGGUACCAUAGCAUCCGUAUCGACAGCGUCCACUAUUGCGAGCUCGAAGCCGUCCUUGCCGAGCGGCGAAAGCGGCGAUCCUUCUUCGACCGCAAUGGCGAACCCGAGGACCCCGCGCAGGCCCGCCUGAAGCUGCUCUGCCGUACCCUCCGGGAAGAUCCCGUGCGUCGCGGACGGCUGGUUCAGUAUCUCAAGAUGCCGUACAUGCUGCGCGAGUCCUGUCAAGCAGACCUGGCCAGGACCAUCGCUGUGACGCCGAAUCUGCGCUACGUCGACUUGCCCGAGGGCCUGUUCACCGACGACCCCGCCUUCCUGACCCUCCGCCUGGAGGUGCAGGCGCGCUGUCUCGAACUCCGCAAGAUGACAUACAUGGAAGGCUCCGAGAACAGUCUCCAGGCGCUGGCGACGGGCAAGGUGUGGACCAAUCUGGAGGUGCUGGAGCUGAUCCGGAUCGAGAUGGAGCCCGGUAUGCUGCGCCACGUGCUCGGCUACCUGGGGAACCUACGCGCUCUCAAAGUUAGCCAGACGAAGGCCUUCACGGACGAGACUCUGGAGUGGAACGACAUGCUGCCGCCCUUCCCGCCGGUGGAGGAGUUCAUCCUCACCGACGUGCCCAACGUCACCUGCGAGGGACUCAAAUCGUGGCUGAUGCUUCCCGAGGCGCGGCAGGCCCUGAGGGUGCUCACGCUGAACGGGACAGGGGCCCGGGUGUGGGCGCUCCAGGAGCUCCUGGCCUACGCCCCUAACCUCAAGCACCUAUCCCUCACGGACCGCGUAUCCGCGACGCUGCCGGCUGCCGCCGGAUCGCACAACAUCCCGCCGCUCUCCUCUGCCAGCCUCGAGUCGCUCCACUUCGAGAUCACAGCGGCCCCAUCCACGCCCAAGUACUCCAAUGUCAGCGCGAGCUACUACAACUACCUAGCCGGUUCCCUCCUCUCGGGCGGGCUCCCCAACCUCCACGCCGUCUACGUCCGCGAUCCCAACUUCCCCGACCUCCUCCUCGGCCUGCCCCCGCCCGCACCGGCCUACGCCGAGGGCCGCGCCGCCCGCCCGGGAAGCAGCGGCUCUACCUCGCCUUUCUCGUCCCCUUUCGCCUCGCCCUCGACCUCGCCGAACAAUAACGCCAUCAGGGGCCCCCGCGGCAGCCUCCCGCCCUUGCAACCCCCCUCGGCGCCCUUCGCCGGCGGCGGGCGCGGCCACCGCCCGCAGGGUUCCCUCUCAUCCCUCAGCGGGCCCUUCGGCUCCUCAUCUACCAGCCUCAACAACAACAACAACCCGCGUUUCAGCAGCAACAACCCCUUCGCCGCCCUCGCCUCCUCCUCCUCCUCCUCCUCCGCCGCCGCCGCGAUGGCGGGAGGGUUCAUGAACCUCCCCGCCAAGCUGGAGGUGUUCACCAAGGGGGAGGACGACGACCAGCUGGGGUGGUCGUUCGUGCAGGUCGGCAGCGGCGCGGAGGCGUCAUCAUCAUUACUUGGAGGAGAAGGCGGUAGUGGUGGUGGUGGAGGAGGAGGAGGAGUGGGAGGUCGGAGGAGGGGGAGGGCGGACGGGGGCGAGCGGCCGCUCAGCAGCUACGGGCUCGGGGCGGACGUCCUGGGCGGGAGCACGGCCGGAUGGAGCAGCGGCGCGGGCGCGCGGCGGAGCGUGCUCGUCAGCGGCGUCGGCGGCGCCGGGACCGGCUUCCUGGCCGUGCCCCUGCCCGGCGAGGGUUCAGGUGGUGGUGGUGGUGGUAUGGGCGGACAGAGGAGGAGGAGGGAGAAUAACCUGAGCGUUAGCAGUCUCGGGGAGGACGAGUGGCCCAGGCCGAAGAGCAGCGCCGGCGAGAAGAAGAGGGAACGGAUGGAUCUGUGGCGGUAGGAGAUGUGUGUGGGUUUCGUGAAGGAAGGAGGGGGGAAAAAAUUGGAGGAAAUGAAAGUGUGGCGCCGAAAGAUAGAUUUGGGAUGCACGUCCGCGCGGGCUCGAGGAGACGCUGGUCGGGUUUUU